AUGGCAAUCGCUCGAGGAGUGCUUUGCUAUCGCUUUCCCAAAGCGUUCCUCGGGCACAGUCGCCGAGUCUGGCGGACAUCAAAAUGGGGCAAGUUGAUUCUGUAUGGAAACAUGCUAAGUUGCGCCUCCACAGAAGACGCCAAAGUGCCCCUUAUAUUUGUGAUUGAAGGAGCUACCGUGCAGAAGCUAGAUUCAGAGGAGUCUCCGUUUGCAUGUGGUGUGACUUUCCCUGAUUCAAACGAUAAUCUCAUUUUACGAUUCGAUUCCGAAAAAAUGAGAGAAUCGUGGAUGAUCAAGAUGGCGACAUGCUCUCACCAGAUGGCACGAGCCCAACUCGAUGAGAUAGCGUAUAAAUUCUAUACGAUGGGAACAAAGCAUGACUCGGGCACGGACUGCUCCUAUAGCACCGCCCAUAGUUUCUACCUUACAAACCCUUACAAACAAAACAACCUUCCUUCGCGACGAGUUGCUUUUGAAGAAAUUAUGUCAGAGUCUAAGCUGUCCAUUGUUUUGCCUGUGGAGCUUGUGAAGCUGUACAAGAAAUGGAUUAUAGAGUUCUCCUGCCUUCUUGAAUCUCGUCAACAUCAGUGGCCACUCUUUGCUAUUCCUUAUCUAUACGAUGUAUUGAGAGAAAUCAGAGCUAACACUGAAACAUUGGAACAGUGUUCUGAAUUUCUGGAGAACUAUUCCGGUCCUUCGUUCCGCAAAUCAACAGAAAAGCAUCGUGUUGCGUUUGCGCCUGUCCCGACUAACCUUCAUGUCCAUCAAUCUACAGUCGAUAAUAGGGUUACUCGAGAGGUUUUGAGCUGUGGUACCACUUCUGCUUUACCUCUCCGCUUCCAGCACGGUGGCCUCUCUCGAAUCGCUACAUUGCUGGAAAUUGACAGAAUGUUCCAUGAUUUCCCUUUCUGGUCAAGGCGGUUCUUUUUGGCCGACCUCAAGAAGUACGUCGGACAACUGAAUCGCAGACUGGAUGCUGAAUGGAAUGAUGGGAAUUUUGAAAAGCGAGCAAAGCUCAGUUCUGAUAUUGCUUCUGGUAUCAGAAGUGUUUUUGAACGUUUCAAGGAUAUCGCCGACAGCAUAGCAGAGCUGGAUGAAUACGCUGAAAUUCUUGCGGACGAGGAGAAUCGAAGAGUGUCCCUGGGUCAAAAUAUUGAUCGGCGGAUACCGGAUACACUCCAAAACCAGAUGGAUACGAUUGAUGCCAUGGUGAUAAGUCUGACUACGAAAGUGGCCGUUAUGGAUAAAAUCAACGAAGAGCAGGGUAAAAGUGAAAUCUACGAGAAGACUGUACGAGAAGCUAUUUGUCUCUGCUUCGAUAUGUUACUAGCACUGGCAGACUCUGUUUUGGAAUCACAGCUGUUCGGUCUA